AGCCGCUUCCGCUUCCGCUUCCGCCAUCUUGCCGUGAGACAGCAAGCAAGCGGGGGAACCGGUGGAUUUGGAGCAAGGAUGUUGUCGGCCGCUGCUUUCGCUGAACCUGUGUUCGGGUUGCCUAGAGAGGUUAGGCAGAGCUCUGCGGUGCAACAUCGCUUCUCUCCGUAUACUUUCAAUGGCGGGACCAUAUUGGCAAUUGCUGGUGAAGAUUUUGUUGUUGUCGCAUCAGAUACCCGACUGAGUGAAGACUAUGCCAUUCAUAGCCGGGAGAGCCCUAAAUGUUAUAAACUGACAGAUACAACAGUUAUUGGCUGCAGUGGAUUUCAUGGAGACUGUCUUACCCUUACUAAAAUCCUUGAGGCAAGAUUGAAGAUGUACAAGCAUUCCAAUAACAAGAUCAUGAGUUCAGGCGCAAUUGCAGCCAUGCUUUCUACAAUCCUGUACUCCCGACGCUUCUUCCCUUAUUAUGUGUACAACAUAAUUGGUGGAUUGGAUGAGGAAGGGAAAGGUGCAGUAUACAGUUUUGAUCCAGUAGGAUCCUACCAGAGAGAUAGUUUCAAAGCUGGUGGAUCAGCGAGUGCCAUGCUGCAACCUCUGCUGGACAAUCAGGUUGGCCUCAAGAACAUGGAGGGUGCUAGACAAUUGCCUUUGUCCUUGGAAAAGGCUUUGCAGCUGGUAAAAGAUGUCUUCAUUUCUGCUGCAGAAAGAGAUGUUUAUACAGGAGAUGCACUAAAGAUCUGCAUUAUCACAAAAGAUGGAAUUAAAGAAGAAAGCUUUCCAUUAAGAAGAGACUAACCACUGCAUCAUUCAAGUUAAAAUGCUUGGUCUCUAACAGUCAUUUUUUUAUGCAGAUUGUUUACAGGUAGCAUGUUAACAUUUGAUAAAUUAAAAUAAGGAAUAAAGAAAUUAAUGCUUCAUUGUUAAAGUUUCAUGGCAUGUUCUAUAAAUAGACUUUGGGUUAU